AUGCAGAGAGAUUUAUCUUCUUUAGCGACUCUACCGAAAAGAGAUUUUCUUUUUCAAAAUUGGGCAAAAAUAUAUUCUAUAACACCACAAUUAUAUUUCCAGCCAAAUUCUAUUGAAGAAAUUAUAUCCAUUGUCAAUUCUGCCAGGAAAGAGAAAAAAAGUAUCGUUACUAUCGGAUCUGGCCAUUCUCCAAGUAAUAUUUGUAUGACCAAUGAAUGGAUUAUCAAUUUGGAUAAUUUAAAUAAAAUUCACGACUUGAAACCUAAUUUAAAUGAAAAUUAUGCAGAUGUUGAAGUUGAUGCAGGUGUGACAAUUGAAGAGUUAUCAAAACAUUUAAAGAGAACAGGGUAUGAUAUUCAAAAUUUAGGUUCAAUUUCUGCUCAAACCAUAGCAGGCAUUAUUUCUACUGGUACUCAUGGAUCAUCUCCAUAUCAUGGACUUAUUUCAUCACAAUAUGUUAAUUUAACCAUUGUAAAUGGUAAAGGUGAAGUUGUAUUUUUAGAUUCUGAAAAUAAUACUGAUAUUUUCAGAGCUGCAUUAUGUUCUUUAGGUAAAAUCGGUAUUAUCGUUAGAGCCACUAUUAGACUUGUACCAAAAUUUAAUAUUAAAUCUACUGAGGAGAUAAUAUCGUUAGAUAAUUUAAUUGAAAAAUGGGAUAAUAUUUGGACAUCUUCUGAAUUUAUUAGAAUUUGGUGGUAUCCAUAUACUAAAAAAUGUAUUCUUUGGAGAGGUGAAAAGACUUUAGAAGACGCUACUGGUCAACCUUCAUCAUGGUGGGGUACAAAAUUGGGGAGAUUUUUCUAUGAAUCAUUAUUGUGGGUAUCUGUUAAAAUAUAUCCUUCUUUGACUCCAUUUAUUGAAAGAUUUGUAUUUAAUAGACAAUAUGGCCAUUUAGAGAAAACUAACAAAUUUAAUAAAAAUCAACAUAUCACCACUUCCAUUGAUGGGUUUAAUAUGGAUUGUUUAUUUUCUCAAUUUGUUGAUGAAUGGGCAUGUCCAUUAAAUGAUGGUCCUGAAAUCUUACGUUCAUUAAAUCAUUAUAUUUUACAAGCUGCAAAUAAUAAAGAAUUUUUCGUUCAUGUUCCAAUUGAAGUACGUUGUUCCAACACAACAUUACCCGAUACUCAACCAGAUACUUCCAGAAGAACUGCAACUUCUCCAGGUCCUGUCUAUGGUAACAUUCUACGUCCAUAUUUGGAUAAUACUCCAUUGAAUUGUAAAUAUUCUCCAUUAGAUAGUGUCACAAACAACCAACUAACACUAUACAUUAAUAUCACCAUCUAUAGACCUUUUGGAACAAACCCACCUAUUAGAAAUUGGUUUACCUUAUUUGAAGAAACAAUGGCAGCAGCUGGUGGUAAACCUCAUUGGGCCAAAAAUUUCUUGGGAUCAACAACGUUUGUAGAAGAACCAUACAGACAAGAGUCCGAAUACGACGAUUUCGACAUGAGAGGCAUGGCUAAGAAAAUUAGAAAGUGGUAUGGUAAAGAUUUACAAAAAUUCAAAGAAAUCAGAAGAGAUCAAGAUCCUAAUAAUAUAUUUGUGGCCAAUAAAGAAUGGGCUAUUUCCAAUGGUAUAAUUGAUACUGACGAAUUAGCAUAA